AUGGCUCUUGGGCUAAAAUGUGGAGGAACUCUUGAAGAGAGAGCUCAACGGCUUUUCAGCACAAAAGGUUUACAAAUGGAAGAUCUGGAUCCUUCGAUGUUUGCAAAAUCCAAACCAGGAAAAACUGGCAAAAACAAAGACAUGGAAAGGCAGAAAGAAAUUGCAAUGUUGGAAGCCCAGUGUUACCGUUUUAUUGAAGUGCUUGGUGAACAAAGAGCAGCCACCCGGGAAAAUGUCCAGCGUAAACAGGCACGAACUGGUGAGGAAAGAGAAGAAUCAGAUGAUGAGAAUUAUGAUGAAGAAGAUUCUGAUGACGAUGAUGAAGACAUUCCUUACAACCCCAAAAAUCUGCCACUUGGGUGGGAUGGAAAGCCAAUCCCUUACUGGCUCUACAGACUUCAUGGCCUCAAUAUCAGCUACACUUGUGAGAUUUGUGGGAAUUUCACUUACAGAGGACCCAAAGCUUUUCAGAGACAUUUUGCUGAAUGGAGACAUGCUCAUGGUAUGAGAUGCUUGGGAAUCCCUAACACUGCUCAUUUUGCCAAUGUCACACUGAUUGAGGAUGCUUUGGCAUUGUGGCAGAAAUUGAAGAUGAAUAAAGAAACUGAAAGAUGGAAGCCAGACACAGAGGAGGAGUUUGAAGAUUCAUCUGGUAAUGUUGUGGCCAAGAAGGUGUAUGACGAUCUCAAGAGGCAAGGUCUUUUAUAA